CGUCACACACGGUCUCUGGUGACGAACAAGGCCACGCGUGACUGCUUUUAAUUUACUUCGCUCUCUCUCUCUCUCUCUUUUAGUUUCGUUUCUCUUUUUUGGGGUUCGCAUUAUAGAUGGUUGUGGAGAAGAUGAGUGCGGUAGAACCAGACGUGGAAGAUCUGUUCCAGGAGAAGAAGCGUGUCAGGAAUCCUCUCGUUCCUCUCGGCGCACUUAUGACUGCGGGAGUGCUUACCGCUGGGCUGAUUAGUUUCAGAAGAGGCAAUUCUCAGUUGGGUCAGGUUUUGAUGAGAGCUAGGGUGGUCGUCCAGGGUGCUACUGUCGCUUUAAUGGUUGGUACCGCUUAUUACUACGGUGAUAAUCCCUGGAAGAAAUUGCUUUUGUCUGAAAUCCAUGAAACAGAAGCUCUUUCACCUAAAACUUCAUCUGAAGCGGCAAUAGCUCUUCUGAACCAGAAAGAUUCAUCUUCAAGCUCUAUAAUCUCUGUCUUAUGUUUGGUUAUCUCUGUUCUUGCUCUUAUCAUCAUCUUUCUCGGUGUCCUCCACUUAAUUUUCAAAUUUCUCCGCAAGUCCUCAAUGUUAUUUCCAUAUCCCCAUUUCAGUCCCGACCCAGAUCCCUCUUCUUCCUCCUCUCCUCAGCUCCAGCACCUCUUCUUCCUCCACGACUCUGGUCUCGACCAAACGGCUAUUGAUGCACUUCCCGUGUUUCUUUACGGUGAUGUAACCAUGAGUCUGAAAGAGUCAUUCGAUUGCGCCGUCUGUCUCAGUGAGUUUUCUGACGCAGACAAGCUCAGGCUACUCCCAGUCUGUGGCCAUGCGUUCCAUCUUCACUGUAUGGACAUGUGGCUUCUCUCCAACUCUUCUUGCCCUCUUUGCAGACGGUCACUCUCAACCUCAACCUCAACCUCAAACUUCGAUUCCUCAAGCCUCUGCUUCAACCACGCGGAGACUCCUGCCGCCACUUUGUCCGAGCAUCAGCAGGUCAACGAAGGCAAAGUAUCUAUUUCGAAAAGAGUCUUCUCUGUUCGUCUCGGGAGAUUCAAAAGCACGAACGGAAGUCAAAGUCAAAGCCAACGGCAUGAAGUCAGAGGUGAAAUUGGGGUGGGAGUGCCAAGAAGGUGUUACUCAAUGGGCACGCAUCAGUAUCUUGAAUGCAAUCAAGAUUUUGUGGUGGCUCUGUCUUCGUCUCUUCGUGAGGGAAAUACCAGUAAUAACUGCUCCGUUCACGCGGGUAAAUCAGUAAACAAGGACUCUGGUGGUUUGGCUAGGUUCUAACGUAUUGUAGUAGAAAAGAGAGUAUGUCUAUGUAAAAGAUCUUGUUUUGGUCGUCGGAGAAGGAGAAGAGAGUAAUAUGGUUCGGUUUAAUAAACAAAAUAGGUGGUUUUUUUUUUGGGUUGCAUCAAGGAGACCAUCAACAAAGACCUUUUACAUGGAUAU